AUGAUGACUCCAUCCACAAUUGAGACAUUAGUGUUCACAACUAGAAAGAAAGAGCCAGAAUUAAUAUCUCCAUCUAGGCCAACACCCCAUGAAUUUAAGUAUCUCUCAGAUAUUGAUGACCGUUUUCGUUUUCAUUCACCGGUUAUUCAACUCUAUCGUAACAAUAAAAGGAACAGCAAAGUCGAUAGAAAAUCAGAUCCCGUAGAUGUGAUCAGAGAAGCUAUAGCAAAUGCCCUUGUCUUUUAUUACCCAUUUGCCGGAAGGGUAAGGGAAUCACCUUUCGGGGGAAAGCUAGUUGUAGAAUGCACCGGUGAAGGUGUAAUGUUUAUCGAGGCUGAUGCUGAUAUUUGUCUCGACCAGUUCAACAAUAUUAAUGACUUGAAGCCUCCAUUUCCAUGCUUGAAUGAACUUCUUUAUCUUGUCCCCGGCUCAGUAGAUCUGAUUAACAUCCCUCUCUUAUUAAUUCAGGUGACUCGAUUUUUAUGCGGAGGAUUCAUUUUAGCCGUUAGGUCCAACCACACUAUUAGUGACGCUCAGGGAUUAAAGCAGUUCUUGAUGGCUCUUGGUGAAAUUGCUCGCGGCUAUGAAUCUCCAUUCGUGCUUCCUGUUUGGCAAAGGGAACUCCUAAGCUCUCAUGAACUCCCAGAAACACCAAACAAAGAGUGCGAUCUUUUUCAUAGAACCAGAGGUAUCUCUCUUCCUUUCGGUCAAAACCAAGAAGUCCAUCGUACUUUCUUUUUCGGUAAGCAAGAGAUGAUAUCUCUAAAGAAACACUUGCCUCCACAUCUUCAUACAUGUUCAAAUUUUGAGAUCCUCACUGCAUGCUUAUGGAGAUGUCGAACAUUAGCAUUCAAUCUUGAUCCCAAAGAAGACGUCCGUCUCUUUUUUAGUGUCAACGGGCGUGGAAAAGACCGCCUCAAUUUGCCCGAAGGAUUCUACGGUAAUGCUCUUGGUUGCGGGAUGGCAUCCUCAACAGCAGAGAACAUAUGUAGAAACUCUUUCGAAUAUACAUUAGAUUUGGUUGUGAAAUCCAAGAACAAACUUCUCAACACAGACACUAAAGAAGAUAAGGGCACAACAUUGAAGAACAAGAUGUUAAAAUCAUGGACUGAUUUUACAACUAACUAUGCUUUGGUUGGGAAUCACUACUUUGUUACAGAUAUAACACGUGCAAGAUUUUCCGAAGUGGAUUAUGGAUGGGGGAAAGCAGUGUAUGCUGGGCCAAUGAUAGUGCAUCAUAUUCCAAACCCUGAAGAUAGCAGCUUCUACAUCCCUUAUGAAAAUAGCAAAGGAGAGUACGGUAUUUAUGUGCCUAUUUGCCUACGGCAGCAAUUCAUGAAGAGGUUUGUAGUCGAGCUUGGAAGAAUGAUUAGCGAGCCACCUAUAAAGUUGAAUAAUCAAUUUCAGACAUCAAAAAAACCAGUUCGUUCUGCUCUUUAA